AUGGAAACCCCAAAGCGAGAAAGUUUGGGUAGAAAGAGGUCGUUGAGGAAGAAAUCGGGUGUAAGGAAUUAUGAUGAGAAUUUGAUGGAUGAGCUAAUAGAGAAGCAUUUAGGUGGUACUUUUAAGAAAAAGAAACGAACAAAGGACGAUUUGGAGAAAGAGACUGAAACCGAGGCAAUGAUAGCGAUUUCUCUAGGGUUCCCAAUUGAUGCAUUGCUUGAGGAGGAGAUUCAGGCUGGGGUGGUAAGACAAUUGGGUGGUAAAGAGCAGAAUGAUUAUAUUGUUGUCAGGAACCAUAUUCUUGCUAGGUGGAGGAGUAAUGUGCAGGUGUGGUUAUCAAAAGGGCAGAUCAAAGAAACUGUGAGUAAUGAGUAUGAGCAUUUGAUAUCCGCUGCGUAUGACUUUCUUUUGUAUAAUGGAUAUAUUAAUUUUGGAGUUUUAUCGCCACUGACAUCUCCCGUACCAGAAUUGAUGAAUGAAGGGUCUGUGAUAAUUGUUGGUGCUGGACUUGCUGGUUUAUCUGCAGCAAAGCAGCUCAUGUCCUUUGGUUUCAAGGAAUCGUCCUGGGGGAGAGUUUAUACUCAAAAGAUGGGUAGGAAGGGUCAAUUUGCUGCUGUAGAUCUUGGUGGCAGUGUUAUAACUGGUAUCCAUGCCAAUCCUCUUGGAGUUCUGGCUAGACAACUUUCUAUUCCACUUCAUAAGGUCCGAGAUAACUGCCCUUUGUACAAACCAGAUGGUGCACCCGUUGACAAGGGAAUUGAUUCCAAUAUUGAAAUCAUUCAUAAUAAGUUGCUUGACAAAGUGAUGGAACUAAGAGAAAUAAUGGGUGGAUUUGCAAACGAUAUUUCUCUUGGUUCUGUUUUGGAAAGACUCAGGCAACUGUAUGGUGUGGCUAGAUCUACUGAGGAGAGGCAAUUGCUCGAAUGGCAUCUUGCUAACUUGGAAUAUGCAAAUGCUGGAUGUCUUUCAGAUCUGUCGGCUACAUAUUGGGAUCAAGAUGAUCCAUAUGAAAUGGGUGGGGAUCACUGCUUUCUUGCUGGAGGGAAUUGGAGAUUGAUAAAAGCAUUAUGCGAAGGGGUUCCCAUAAUCUAUGAGAAGACUGUGGAUACCAUUAGAUAUGGACAUGAUGGGGUUGUCAUAAUUGCCGGUGAACAAGUGUUUGAAGCAGAUAUGGUCUUAUGCACAGUUCCUCUUGGGGUCUUGAAGAAAAGAACCAUCAUUUUUGAACCGGAGUUACCUGGAAGGAAGCUUGCAGCGAUUGAGAGAAUGGGUUUUGGGCUGCUCAAUAAAGUGGCCAUGGUUUUCCCUCAUGUUUUUUGGGGGGAGGACCUGGAUACAUUUGGAUGUCUCAAUGAGCACAGCAAUAAGCGUGGAGAGUUCUUUUUGUUCUAUGGUAACCAUACAGUUUCUGGAGGUGCAGCACUUAUUGCACUGGUGGCUGGAGAAGCUGCACAGAUGUUUGAAAAUUCAGAUCCAUCUAUGUUACUUCAUCGUGUCCUAAGCGUCCUCAGAGGUAUAUACAAUCCAAAAGGCAUUGAUGUUCCUGAUCCCAUACAAACAAUAUGUACAAGAUGGGGCAGUGAUCCCUUCUGUUAUGGUUCUUAUUCCCAUGUUAGGGUACAGUCAUCUGGCAGUGACUAUGAUAUACUUGCAGAAAAUGUGGGGGCGGCUUUUUUUGCUGGUGAGGCUACAACUAGGCAAUAUCCAGCCACCAUGCAUGGUGCCUUCUUGAGUGGCUUAAGGGAAGCUUCUCACAUUUUAAGAGCCAAUAGAGGUCAGCAAAACAAUUCAAGGAGGUCUGUGCUGAGAAAUCUUGGAAUAAGCAAUGACACCUUGGUAGGUCUAUUCAGGUGGCCUGACCUCACAUUUGGAAACUUCUCGUUUAUAUCAAAUCCUUUGACAGAAGACCCAAAUUCAAUGGGGAUUAUGAGGGUUACUUUUGACAGUUGCGGAGAUGAUUUGAAGAAGGAAUUAGAGAAUAGCUUCCAGCGUCCCCUGAACCUGCCAUUGCAACUUUACACAGUGUUAUCUCGUGAACAGGCACAGAGUCUUCAACUGGUGACUGGAGGGGAUGACAGUAAGUUGUCACAUUUGAUUAGAAAUCUUGGUUUGAAGCUAAUGGGACCUAUUGCUCUAGCAAAUUUAGGUAGUUCCUUAAUUUCUACUAUUGCCAACUCUCGAAAAGGCAGGGGUAGGAACCGGGUAAUUGCUGGAAAAAUAUAG